UGCAAUGUAUAGAAAACAAUCUCGCAGAUCACAAAAGCAAAAAAUAAUUCUUCAGUCUACAGUUUCUGCAUUCGAUGCUACAUUGAUUAGAAAAUGGUGGUCACUCGAAUCGUUGACUGAUAUUCUUCAGUCAACGUUCGAACAAGCGACAAUAGUGAUGUAUCAAUGUUAAUAUUUGAUAGACAUCAUAAUCAUCGAAAGAACUAAAGAAUAAGUAUUGUAUCGUUAACCGAACAAAACUUCAAUCGCUCGUUAUUGAAGAUUUGACUGUGACUCGGUUGACUGAGGACAUUGAGAUCAGUUAACGCAUUAAGAGCGUUUUGAGAGGAUCUGGAGGGAGCGUUCUAAUUGUUUGAAGUUGAAGCACGAACAAAUGACGGUAUCGUGCUCGAUUCGACUCACUGAUCGAUUCAAUUCCGGAAGUUUGACAAACGUCAUCAGUAUUCGAGUAUCUACUGGGCGGCAGUGCGCGGCCAUUUUGAAGCACGCGCAAAGAGUACAAAACAAGCAUUACAGAGAGUACACGCGUUUGUGACAGCAAAGGAUUUUUUUCCGAAAUCAAAAACGGCUGUUGAAUAGUUAACGUGAAUGUUUGUGAGCGAUAAUUGAUAAAUGUCUUUCGUAAGUUUCAUAGACGUUAACCAUACGAAUAUAAAAUUAGCUACUAAUGAAAUAAUCGAUAAGUUUUAUGACGUUUGUGGACACCUGCCUCGACGUUGACGUUGCUCAAGGGAGCAUGAAAUGCAUAGAAAAACAUCAAAAAGAAGCAUACCACUGACAGAGAAAGUUAAGCAUCGCGACCCCUCCACACCUAUGACAAUACAUAAGCUUGAAGAAAAUGGUCCUGAAAAUCACUCUUCCAUGGUGUCCGCACAAAAUUCGUUCACAAGAAUACCGGACGACAAAUAUUCGGAUCGCGAUGUUAAUAUUUGGCCGGAAACUGAGGACCAUUCCUGGAGCUGGGAUCAACAAAGUAGCGGCACCUCGAUUUCUUGGCCAGAAGAAAUGGAGGAGGUUGCGUCGAAAAAGGUAAUGGACCAGUGGGAGGCUGUACAGAGAACUUUGUACGAUGAGGAUGAACAAGUCGUAGCCGAAAGCCUGCGGGCUGAAUGCAUACAGUGGAGAACUCAACGCCCACAUCUGCGGAUUCUAGGAAGAGGAUUACAAAGGAAGGAGGACGAAACUGCGAGCCAAGACAUCAAAGACCCUACAGGCCCUAUACGCACUAAAGGAACCGACAAUCCCUUGACGAUUUCGGAAUUAAUUGAAGAGCAUAGCGAGCCGCCGAACGCUCCUGAAGAUCCACUGAAAGUUAAAGUUCGAGAUCAGACACGAAAAGAAGUUCUGAACCUACUUUUUGACUUCGUGUGCUCUGAACUCGCGGCAAAUAAGGAAGACGAUUUAUCCUUGAGCCGAAACUUGGAUACCGUCUUGAGAAUAACCCCAGCACCAACACAUAGCGGCAGAAAUCCACUUAGGAAUCACAAAACAGCAGAUGAGUUCGUUAUCUCAACGCACCGUAAAAUGCAAUUACACAAGUACGGGAGGCGGGACUCUCACGACGCUCUUGAACUCCCGGGGUGUCUGCCGGAAGUUCACAAAAAUAACUACUACUCGGAUAAAAGCGGAAAAGAUUUUCUUGGUAGGGAAAGCAUCAUGCCUAUAUCUGCACGGAGACAAAGGGACAUGAAAGAUAUGGUGGCUGACGGAAUAUUGGUGAAACGAGACAGACUGUACACUCCACAAUUACCGCGGAAUGCACUUGGUACUGUUUUUUCUGAAAAAAUAAUUGUCAGUCCUGUGCCGUUCGCUACCACUACCAGGGAAAGCUUCUCGACUCUAAAAUCCACCCCACUUGGGUCCAUGCGACUAUCUUUCGAAUCUUCUCUGCCGCAAAGGUCAGCUAAAAGCGUGAAUUUGGGUGUUAAUGCAAUUUCUGCACGACGAGCGGGUCUCUUUCAUAUACCACAAGUUCAUUCCGCAUGGCAAGCGCCAGUCUGUCCGACCGUAUGGCCUAAGAACGUCAAAUUGGCUCCCAUAGAUUUAACGAGACUCCCCAGCAGCCAGCGCAGGUCGCUGGUCACAUCCCUCACCCAACCGAGAAGGAGUCGAAAUUCUCUGAGUCCCAUUCCACGUGAUAUAAUGCCAGCAUCACCUUUAACGAUUCAAGAUCCGGAUAUGAUGAGUCUAGAAAUCCACGGAAGGCAAAUUGUGAAGCAAAAAUCUAGGACAAACGUUUCGAGCGCCGCGUGGAACUCAAGCCCACAAAAUUUGAAAAAAGGCAGAAAAAAAAUACAAAAUAAUAACGAAAGGUAAGAUUUGACGCGGUUUUGGUUGUCAUUCGAUCAUCCACCCGAUUCUCUUCAGAUCGGAACCGAGACAUUCACGUAUAAUAUUUCAACUUCCACAUUAUUAAACUUGUCACAUUCAAAUGAACUUGAAAGUGAAAUAUAAGGCUAACGGAGGUCACCCUGCAACGACUCCUGCCAUUAUUUAUCCGAUUUGUUUCAUGAUCGAGAUAGAACGAAAAGAACCAAAAAAGGUUCUGUGAAGUAGCUCAUUUUUAAGCGAUUUAUUCAAUCUCAAUGUCAGUUAAAUUUGUCUGUACGUUAAAUGUGAUAUACAUAUAAAGCAAUUCAUUUGAAUAAUAGUUUGUUGCCACUCAUCUUCCGGUUGACUAAUUAGCCAUCAUAGAGAUGUGAAUAUAUUUUGUAUGAAACGAAGCCUACGUACGGAGGGCUGGGCAUUUUUCUAUAUUUUUUCCUCAUCGAUAGCCAAAAAUAUUCCUACGAAUUAUAAAUCUGUCAAAUGAGGCUCUCUCGCUAUUCCACCACCUACUUUGAACCGCGAUUCUACUGCAGGCCCAAAGUAAAGUUGGAUGAGUGCGUGCCAGGGAUGCUGCUUGUUUUGCUAACUGUUUAUUUGCGUACCGAAGCGUGCCCCCUUAGAUUGACUAAGGCGCUGGUAAAAAUAGAAACUCUUGCUUUUCUACGGUCACAUAUCACAUGCGCUAUAGACCGCGCAUAGCUAUAUGUGUAUCGGUACAUUACAACAGUCAUGCCGAUGGUAAAUAAAGCCCCGAUGAAAAGAGAAAACACAAUCAUGAUUGAACACCCUCUGAAUAGUCGGGAAAGUCUCCAGGGAAAUAAGACGAAUAGAUAUUCAAGUCUUUGCGAUUCAAUGGUCUGAUCUCUAAAUAUUUGUGUACCUCGUAGCAAUGAUGUGCUGUAUGUAAUUGAUCUAGACUACCGUUUGAUCCGAUUAAUUGUUGUUUCAUCAAGUUGUCAUCACAAUAGUAAGCACAAAUAGGACACAAAGCGGAAUACACAAGAAGAUGUGUUCCUCGUUGAUUGAACCAGUAUAAAUUUGCGCAAGUGAACGUUACCUACAGUGAAUAUGUAAAUUGUAUUUUUGUAAGUUAGUUGAUGUAAAUAUUUUUGAAUAAAAUAAUUAUAAUGUAACACCGAGUAGGUAUAUCGUGAUGUAUACCGUGUAAAAAUUCAGCUUUAAAUUUCUGAGUAGCCUUCAAAUUAGUGAAUCGAUUUGAUGUGAAAUAACAAAGUGGCUACCACUGAAAUUGCGAAUUAUGAUCUGAGCCGAGAAAACUUGAAUCUAAUGAGAUUCGCAAACACUCUCCGGAUCAAACAAAGUUAAGAAAUUCUUGGGAAAUCUCAAAGGUAAAGAAAAAUUUAUCAGGAAGACUCGGUCUGCAUUUCUCACAGGUAUUCUAUAUACAUAUACCUAGAUGGCAAAGUUGAAGGCGCCGACGCGAGCUUUCGGCGCGAUGUAUUACAAAAGCUCUAAACCUUGGGACUGAACAUCAGUCGCGCGCGAACUCACGGGGUGUAAACAGCGUAAAUUUGCCCUUCCCCACCCUUCUCCCGGGUUAUCUUCUUCACCCCUGAUAACUGUGGUGCAAGUUGCGAGGUGAUUGUUUUUUUUUUCUGCCGUUUUUUGGAUACCUUACCGAGAUC